UGAGAGCGCGUGGUUUGAGUCGGAGCUCUUUCAAAUUUAUUCUUAAUACAUCGUUUAUUCUUGUUAUAUCUUAAGACUUGUGUUUUAAAUUGUUAUCCUCUGAGGGUAAAACAUAUCCUUAAAUAUAUCCCAUACCAAAAUCGUAUUUAAACGCACAGAUAAUUUAUUUUUAUCGGAUCACUCGCUAUUAGCCUCAGGCUGUUAGCAUUCCCAGCCUGCCUGCUUACUGCUUAACACACUGUUCUCAUUAUUAAAUCACUGAUGGCUAAUGUUUCAGAUGUGUCUGUACCUCUGUGUGCAGAUGAGGAAACGAUCGCACUUCAGUCGGAACUGGAGGCUGUGGAGAAGCAGAUCCAGGAUCUACUAGAGAAGCAGUCACGGCUGCGAGAACGAAAAACGGCGCUGGAAACAUCCAGAGCCGACGCUCGCAAAUCCGCGAGCCCAGGCUUCGAGAACACGGUCAGCCCAAAUGAACUUCACUCCUGCACCGGCACACCCACGGCGAAAGGCGCGAGCCAGGACUGGAGCGAUGACCCAACCGCCGCCACCGGUCUUCGAGAUCCCGACCAGGAACCGCUUUGCCGCCCUCUGCGAGACGGAAUGCAACGCUGUGGUCAUCGGAGACUCAAUCGUCCGGAACGUACGCGCUUCCUCCACUAAAGGUAAGGUGCGCACUCAUUGUUUUCCUGGCGCCCGUGUUCUUGAUGUCUCUGCGCAGGUACCUGCGAUCCUGAAGGACGAUGCUAACGUCGGAGCUGUCGUGCUGCACGCGGGGGUGAAUGACGUCAGGAUGAGGCAGUCGGAGAUCCUGAAGAGGGACUUCAGGAGUCUGAUCGAGACGGUACGCAACGCAUCGCCCACGGCGAGGAUCAUCGUAUCAGGGCCGCUUCCUACCUACCGACGAGGGAAUGAAAAGUUCAGUAGACUAUUUGCUCUAAAUAAAUGGUUGAUGUCAUGGUGUAUUGAACAGAAGCUGCUCUUUGUUGAUAAUUUUGAUCUGUUCUGGGAGCGACCUAGGCUCUUCCGCCCUGACGGCCUGCACCCCAGCAGCAUCGGAGCGGUUCUUCUGUCUGACAACAUCUCAAAGACGCUACGCACCGCUUGACUACGUCUCCCAGCGGUAAGUCAAAACUUCAACCAUAGUCUGUGUUCCUCCCACUCAUCUGUUAGAAAUGUUACUGCUUCCAAAUGCAUAGAGACUGUGUCUGUCCCCCGAAUAAUACUACAAAAUAACAAAAUAGCCAAAUCUCAGAGAAAAAAUCUAAUCGUGAUUAAACCUGAGGACAAUGUAAUAAACGACCAAAACAAACUCAUAAAGUUCGGCCUACUAAAUAUUAGAUCACUAAAUUCAAAAGCAGUUAUUGUAAAUGAAAUGAUCACAGACAACAGUUUUGAUAUACUUUGCCUUACCGAAACCUGGCUUAAACCAAAUGAUUAUUACGGUCUAAAUGAGUGUACACCACCAAGCUACUGUUAUAUGCAUGAGCCACGUCCGGUUGGUCGAGGUGGCGGUGUCGCAACAAUCUUUAGAGACUUUCUUACUGUAACUCAGAGAACGGAGCAUAAAUUUAAAUCAUUUGAAGUGCUUGCGUUGAACAUAAUUGUUCCAAUUGACAGUAAAAAACCAUUGCUUUCUUGUACGUUGGCUACAGUGUAUAGACCCCCUGGUCCCUACACUGAUUUUCUGAAAGAGUUUGCGGACUUCCUAUCGGACCUAUUGGUUAACGUUGAUAAAGUACUAAUUGUCGGAGACUUUAAUAUCCACGUAGAUAGUGCUAACGAUGCAUUAGCAGUGGCGUUUACAGAGCUAUUACACUCUUUUGGAGUAACACAACACAUCAAUGGACCCACUCAUCGAUUUAAUCAUACACUAGACUUGAUUAUAUCUCACGGAGCCGAUCUAACCAAUAUAGAUAUUAUACCUCAAAGCGACGAUGUCACUGAUCACUAUCUUAUAACAUGUACACUGCGCACUGCAGAAAUCAGCCGUUUAACUCGUUAUCGACAGGGUAGAACAAUUACCUCGACUACUAAAGAUAGUUUCGCAAAGAGCUUGCCAGAUCUGACUCCUUUAAUAACCAUACCAAUAAAUAUAGAAUCGCUCGAUGACAUGACCAGCAAAUUGGGCACUAUUUUCUCUAAUACAUUAGAAGCUGUCGCACCUAUGAAGUCAAAAAAGAUUAAUGAGAAAAACGCAGCACCAUGGUACAAUAGCACCACUCGCGCCCUUAAAAGAGAAACACGUAAACUGGAGCGCAAAUGGAAACAAACCCAAUUAGAGGUCUUUAAAAUUGCGUGGAAAGAGAGUGCAAACUGUUAUAAAAAGGCACUAAAAGCAGCAAAGGCUGAGCACCUCCGUAACCUCAUAGAAACUAACAAAAACAAUCCAAGGUUUUUAUUUAGUACAGUUGCUAAACUAACAAAUAAACAGACUUCACCUGACCUGGGUAUUCCGCCGCACCUUGGUAGCAAUGAUUUCAUGAAUUUUUUACAGAGAAAAUCGAAAACAUACGAGACAAAAUAGUAAAAACUCAACCUCCAAGUCUGUCCUAUAAAUUAGUACCAACCAUCGCCCCAAAAGAAAGGCUACAGUGUUUUUCACCUAUAAAACAGGAAGAUUUAAUUAAACUUAUUGCAACAUCUAAACCUACAACUUGCUUAUUAGACCCCAUACCAACUAAAUUAUUAAAAGAGUUAUUACCCGUUGCAAUUGAGCCCAUUUAUAACAUUAUCAACUCGUCAAUUAAUCUAGGCCAUGUCCCAGGAGCCUUUAAACUGGCCGUCAUUAAGCCUCUUAUCAAGAAACCAAACUUAGACCCCAAUGAACUAGGAAACUAUAGACCGAUUUCAAAUCUCCCUUACCUGUCUAAAAUACUAGAAAAAGUAGUGUCCACUCAGUUGUGCUCUUUCUUACAAAAUAAUGACAUACACGAAAAAUUCCAGUCAGGCUUUAGACCGCAUCAUAGUACUGAAACUGCGCUCGUUAAAAUUACAAACGACCUGCUUAUAGCAUCAGAUAAAGGUAACAUCUCACUCCUAGUCCUGCUUGACCUUAGUGCUGCGUUCGAUACUGUAGACCAUAAAAUACUUCUAGAUCGCUUACACAAUUAUACCGGUAUUCAGGGACAGGCACUACAAUGGUUCAGAUCUUACUUAUCAGACAGACAUCAAUUUGUCCAUUUAAAUGGGGAAUCAUCAAAUCUAACGCAAGUAAAUUAUGGAUUACCUCAGGGAUCGGUUUUAGGACCCUUGCUAUUCUCCAUAUACAUGCUGCCCCUUGGAAACAUUAUUAGAAAACAUGGAAUUAGCUUCCACUGUUAUGCAGAUGAUACUCAGCUAUAUAUCUCAUCAAGACCAGAUGAUUCCUUCCAACUAUCCAAAUUGGCAGAGUGCAUCGACGAUAUAAAGCAUUGGAUGACUUGUAAUUUCCUUCUUUUAAAUUCUAAUAAAACAGAAAUAUUACUUAUCGGACCAAAGACACGUGAGCAGAAUAUUUCGGAUUAUGACCUGCAAAUUGAAGGCUGCACUGUUACUCCAACAAAUACAGUUAAAGACCUUGGCGUUAUAUUAGACAGCAACCUGUCAUUUAAAAAUCACAUCUCAAAUGUCACAAAAACAGCCUUCUUCCACCUUAGAAAUGUUGCCAAAUUGCGAAAUAUUUUAUGUGUGGCUGAUGCAGAG